AUGACAACUUUCUCUGCUCCGGUCACCGCACCUCGGACUCCUCAUAAUCAGGCUGCCCUGGCCGCUUCAUUUACAAAUUUCCUCACCGUCUCUGUACAUCAGAUUUUAUGGCUCCGGUCAGUCUAUCCGCGAGCGACAUUCUUACCCGUUCGGGCAUACAACUAUCCCGUACGACAGUCCCGCCAUCCCAAGGUGUGUGACUAUAUCAACGACGCCUCAAUUGCAGUCGGAACAGAAAUCCUAAAAGGCACAAUUACUGCUGUCAGCAUCAUCUUGUCAUCGGCUCGCACAAAUCAGCCCCUCGAACGAUAUGCCUUUGAUCUUUCAGGCUUUCCCCGUGUGCCGCCCGGGGAGGUGCACACCACUUUCGAAGAGAGAAUGGACGACUCGUCCAAAGGCGCCCCGCCCAACUCUCAAGUCCUCGACCUCGAAGCGCAAUUCCGUGCUUGUCUCGCGAGACUUGCAUCCGCUUGCGCCCGAUUGACCCCGCUACCGCGUGACGAUGAAUUCAGUUUUACCGUCUGUAUUGAAGUCCGGGAAGACGCCUUGCCUCCUGCGGGGACUACGACAGAAGAACAGACCUGGAUUGUGGCGGAACCAGGCAAGGUUCAUCUCAGAUCAUGUUCGGCUCCAUAUUCCGUUUCGAAGCUCAAAAACGGUGGGCCGCAACAACCACCCCCAAAGGUGUCCAACGGGCGUGCCAAAACGGUGCCGGUACGUCGUGUAGAGGCCGGUGAACUUCGCCUGGAAUUAUGGGUGGAAGAGGCACGGCAGAAGUUCAAUGAACCGGUGGAUUCAGAGCAUCCACCAUAA